AUUCAGUAGGCACACUCAGACAUGCUAGUCUGCAUGUAGCUGGCUGAGUGAGUGAGUGAGUGAGUGAGUGAGUGAGUGAGUGAGUGAGUGAGUGAGUGAGUGAGUGAGUGAGUGAGUGAGUGAGUGAGUGAGUGAGUGAGUGAGUGAGUGAGUGAGUGAGUGAGUGAGUGAGUGAGUGAGUGAGUGAGUGAGUGAGUGAGUGAGUGAGUGAGUGAGUGAGCAUGCGCUGAGUGUAGGUGUGAUAUUGCAUGAGAGAGUGAUAGUGUGUGUGUGUGUGUGUGUGUGUGUGUGUGUGUGUGCGUGCAUGCGCUGAGUGGAGGUGUGAUAUUGCAGGAGAGAGUCACAGAGACACUGAGAGGGAGGGGUGGGAUUCCAGGGAAGUCUGUGCUGUAAAUAGCCACAUGAUGCUGAGUGUGACUGGAGAGUGCUGCACGGGGCGGGGGCGCUGGACCCUGGACAGAGAGGGACGAGCUGGGGGCACAAGCGGGAGUCAGUCAAGUUGUUCAGUUCAGGAACUCUGCACUAAAUUACCAGGCUGGAUAACCAGGGCCCCAUGGAGGAAACUCUGAGCGAGACAGUCAAUGGUGACGACAGCCCCGAGGGGGACAUGACCAAGGAGGACGUGCCCGAGUCCUCGGGGGGGGACUCGGUCCUGGGGCCACACCGCAGCCUCUCACCCGACGCCGACCGGCCCGUUGUCCACCAGGUGGCGUCGGCCCCCAUGCCCUCCGACUGCGAGUUCUCCUUCUUCGACCCGAGCGACCCUCAGUGCCGGGAGGUUCUGCUGGACCCGGGCACCAGUGUGGCGGAGCUGUUCGCCGUGCUCAGACAGUGGGUCCCCCAGGUCCAGAAGAACAUCAGCCUGAUCGGCAACGAGAUUCUGAAGCGAGGGUGUGGUGUGAACGAUAGGGAUGGCCUCACUGAUAUGAGCCUGCUCCAUUACACCUGUAAAGCAGGAGCACCUGGCAUUGGUGACACAGACACAGCGGCGAGCUUUGCGCGGCAGCUCCUGUGUCUUGGCGCUCUGCCAGGCCUGCGCAGCCGCUGGACCAACAUGAACGCCCUGCACUACGCUGCGUACUUCGACGUGCCUCCACUCAUACGCGUGGUGCUGCAGGCCUCUCAGCCUGGGGAGGUGGACGCCACCUGCAGCGACUUCGACUUCGGCACCUCCCUGCACAUCGCCGCCUCCAACCUGUGUCUGUCCGCCGCCAAGUGUCUGCUGGAGCUGGGCGCCAAUCCCGCCUUCAGGAACGAGCGGGGGCAGUGUCCUGUAGACGUGGUUCCCGAGCCCCUGGAGAUGCCCCUGGAGAUGGCGGACGCGGCCGCCCUGGCCAAGGAGAUGCGGGCCCUGCUGAAGGACGCCCUGCCCCAGCCCUGCGCCCCCAUCCUGUCCCGCCCCACCGGGGUGCUCUCCGACAAGGCCAAGGCCCAGCUUCGCACCAUGGGCAUCCAGAUCGGGGACCGCGUGGUCAUCGCCGGCCAGAAGGUUGGCACCCUGCGUUUCUGUGGCAGCACAGACUUUGCCGGUGGUCAGUGGGCCGGGGUAGAACUUGUUGACCCAGAGGGGAAGAACGACGGCUCUGUGGCGGGGGUCCAGUACUUCAGCUGCCUCCCAAAACACGGUAUCUUUGCGCCCCUGUCGAAAAUCACCAAGCCAUCGGAGCGUCGCAGGAACGCGCCCCUGAGAAGCUCCACCCCCCUGCGCAGCACCCGGCUCGACCUGUCCCACGUCACCUCCAAGGUGAACACAGGGAAAGCAACUCCGUCCGUCAAAAAAACAGACGAGAAACAGAAAGAGUCUGUUGAGGGUGCCAGUGACCUGGUGGACAAGACAGGCAUUCUCUCCCGAAGCUGCUCCUCCUCCUCCUCCUCUCUGGAGUCCAGACACGGCCCUGCGUCUCGGCCCCGCCCGCUGCCACGGCAACGCCCCCCCGCACGGAUACGCCGAGAGCGGGCCACGCCCAGCUCCAAGGCCACGCCCCAGACCGCUCAAACAGCAGCUGGCCCCAGAACGCGCACGCCCUCGGCGAGCAGCUCUGUGUGCGAGGGGUCAGAGGUCAGGCUGGGGGAGCGCGUCCUGGUGGUGGGCCAGCGGACCGGCGUGGUCCGCUUCUACGGCAAGACCAGCUUCGCCCCAGGGUUCUGGCUGGGCGUAGAACUGGACAAGCCCAGUGGGAAGAAUAACGGCUCGGUGGGGGGGGUGCAGUACUUCAGCUGCCCCCCCAAACACGGCGUCUUCGCCCCUCCCUCACGCGUGCAGAGGAUUCACGGCUCUCUCGACUGCCUGUCAGAGCUCACCUCCUCCCGACUGAACCGCUCCUUUACCGGUAUCCGCCGUAGCUUCAGCACGUCCUCGGCCAUCUCCCCUCAGAGGGAUCAGAGCCGGAAGAGUCCGGUCAGCAGGACUCGCCCCGCCUCUCUCAGACGCAGGUGGAGCACGGUGGGCGGAGGGGCCGGGCCCUCGGCGGGGGGCCGCGGCAGCCCCGCCCCGGCGGGCCCCGAGCGGGCGGUGAGCCUGCACCUGGGCAUGCAGGUGCUGCUGACCAGCGCCAACGAGAUGGGCUGCAUCCGGUACCUGGGCCCGGCGGACUUCGCCCCGGGGCUGUGGCUGGGUCUGGACCUGCGGGCGCCGCGGGGGAAGAACGACGGCGCCGUGGGCGGGCAGCGCUACUUCACCUGCCGGCCGGGCCACGGGGUUCUGGUGCGGCCCAGCCGCGUCACCUACCGGGGCAUCAACGGGGGGAGGCUGGUGGACGAGCUCAGCUGAGCGGGGGAGAGGGGAGGGGGUGGGGGGAGGUCCCGUCUGCUGCAGCCCGGCUGCCGGGCGGACAUUUUGUUCAUUACGUCAGAAAACUAUUUUUAAUACCCUGAUGAUGUUGAAGACGUCGUGCUGUGGGAUACGCUGGCUUGGAUGUGUUGGGAGCUGAGGGGUCCGCAGCUGCCACACCGCACUGCCACACCACACUGCCCUUCUGUAUCUGCCCCCCCACCAGUACUCUGUCCUAUACCCCUCCCCCCACUUCCCCUCAGACGCACACAGACGCACACAGACGCACACACACACGCAGACAGACACACACACACAGACACUCACACACAGACACACACAGACACACACAGACACUCACACACAGAGACACACACACACGCACAGACAGUCACACACACAGACACAGACAGACAGACACGCGCGCACACACAGACACACAUGCACACAGACAGAGAGACGGACAGACACACACAGACACACACACAGACUGACACACACGCACACAGACACGCACACAGACACGCACACACAGUUCCACUGACUCCCUGAAUAUUUCCUUGUUGCCCCUGAGAUAAACUGCCCCGGUCUGAAUUUCUCUCGCAUCAGGCCACUCCCCCAAGGACAUUUCCACCAUCCCCCGCCGUCCCGAUAACCCCUCCCACAUUACGGCACUUUAAAACAGCAGGCGCGGCGGUUAAAUCCCGCGUUUCACCCCCGUGCCUCGCUAAUAAUGUCUGUGAAUGAGCGAGCAAAGAAAACCGGGCUUUGCACUUUUAAAAACGCUUUUCCUGACGCCAGGCUAAUUUGUGCAGGGUUGUAAAGCUAGCUUCUCUCUGGCAGCCGUU